AUGCAGAACAACUCUACUUCGCUGCAGCUGCAGCUACUGCUGCUACAACAACAACAGCAACAACAACAGCAGCAACAACAGCAGCAACAACAGCAACAGCAGCAACAACAGCAGCAGCAGCAGCAACAGCAACAGAAUCCUCCAGCUAACUACACAUUACCUGGCGUGAUAAACUAUCUAACCUCCGAAUUUACCAAUUUAGAAAGAUACAAGAUCAUGAAUAACUUGGAAAAAUCUGAAAUGAAAUACAAAAUUAACCAAUUGCAAGGUGAGGUCAAUUCAUUAAAGUAUAUUGGAGAGAGGCAGGCGAAUAGAAUUAAUCUCUUGGAAAAGGAGAACGCCUUGUUGAAAGAAAAGAUACAAUCCACAAAGGGAGGAGAGGCACAAGCGAGUGUGGCGACCACCAAUGAUGAUGUCGAUGAUAUUGUUACCUCGUUACCAGAGAUUGACUUACUGGUAGUCAAGAAAUCGAGAGAACAGCUCACUCGUACCAUGAAGGAAGUUGUAUAUUUACUCCGAGCCCCAUCUCCGAAUGGGUAUCAAUACUUAAAUUUACCAGAUCCCACGUCUGCCAGUGUCGAAAUGACAGAUACGAGCCAAUAUGAUGAACUUUUCAACUCGCCAAUUGACUCCAAUGAAGCAGGAUAUCCGGUUGGAGAAUUUGACGUUUCCUUGUCUUCUUCAGAAUCCAGUCAGAAUAAGAAGCAAGCUUCCAAAACUUCGUCUGGCGCACCCGGGUUCUCAAAAUAUUUAAGUGAAGACCAAAAGAAGACCAAGAAGAAAGUAAACAGCAAGAGUAGGUCAAAUAGUGGAGGCAUAGACCAAGAUCUCUUUGGGGAAUUUAUGGAUAUGGAAGAUAAAUCAAGCAAGGGUAUUAGAACUAUAGAUACCGAAGAAGAUGUGGAAUUGGUUGACAGCAACAUAGAUUUUAAAGCAGCGGAGCCAAAAUACUCCUCAUUCGAUGGUAGUGCAGGCGAAUCUGAUGCUGAAACCGUUACACAUGACAGCUAUGAAGAGUUUAGUUUCAACAAACUGAAGUUAAACGAUGAUGGAGUUAUAGUGAACGUCAACGAAAAUGAAAAGGAUGACACUGGUGCCCCUGGAAUCACCUUAUCUACAUAUGUGGAAGGAUACACUCUGUCAAAAGUGUUCACAGGGAAAGAUGACGGAUUAUUAGUCUACAUGAACUACAACAAGAUUGGUUCUAAUACUUUUCACCUAACAGUGUAUGAUACAACUUCAAAUAAAGUUGUUGUGUCGUCCAUGAUACCAUUAUCUAACGAUAUGGAUCCAUGCUCAAUUUUUGACAUAUACUGUUUAACAGAUGCAACUCCAUUCCCAUCUCCUGCUAAGCUUAUCAUGAUAUUCAACUUCGGAACCAUAGAAAGUAUAUAUAUAGGUCCAGAAAGAGUGGCCAGAGUAAAACUUUUGUCGUUGAAGGGUCUAAAAAUUAAUGCCACUAGUCUCAUUGAAUUCAGCAAAUCUGAUUCGAAAUCAAAUGAGAAAAGCUUUGGACUUACCUUUACUACCCACCAUAAAGAUUAUGAUGGGCAACUUAGGGUUUUUCAACUAAAUACCGAAAAGAAAUCCAACUUCGUUGAAUUAAAAGAUAUUGGCACCUAUUCUAAAACUUUAUUUGGAGCAGUGUCAAAGGGGGAACUGAAAACUUUCGAAGUGAUUAACUGGUUCUUGGACGAAGAGAAUACCUACUCACCGAUUGUGCAAGUGAGUGAUAAAUUGGUUCAGAUUAAUUUGACUCUGAAGAAGAUCAGUGUAAUAACUAAGUCUGUAUCGUCUGUGGAAUUACCACCGAGCUCAUGGAAACUCCUCACAAACGAGAAAUAUGUUCUUUUGAAGAAAGGAGAUAGCGAAAAGGUUGAACUCUACGACAUAUCACUGAAAAAAACAAUUGGAUCCAAUGAAAAACCUAAAUUGGAAAACCUGGUUGUUAUAAAAGAUGAGGAAGGUAAAUUCAGAAUCAUUUCUUUAGAUCUAGAGAAAAAUGCAGAUGGCGAGAGAGGUGGAACUAUUACAAUAUAUGAUAAAAAGUUGGUGUCUGAGUUCAAAUUAGAAGUUGGUGAAUUGCAAGGCGGUGAAUUAGGUAGAUGCGGUGGUAAGGUGAUACUAUUGGAUGAUAAUAUUGUCAAUUUGAUUGAAAUUCCCGAGUAG